AUGGAUAGUGGUAACGAAAGUAGUACUACUACCCAACAAAAUGUGAAAACGGCAGCUGAGGGCGAUGUGAAAGAAUACAUCACGCAGGCAGUCACCUCACUGUUCGGACUCAGUCCGCGUGAUCAAACGACUCUGGAUGUGGAACUCACUUCUCAGUCCACUGUUCUCUCUGAUUUUAUCAACGAAGCUGACAAGAACGUGAUCGUCAUCGACAGAAUCGUCGCCCGUGAGCAAGGCGAUCAACAGCCUGGCGCCGAGAGCGGAGGAGAGGAUACCGCGCCUGCGACAUUUCAAGUGCACGAUGGGCUGUUCGUCGUCGACCGUGGACAGGCAAUCGUGUUUGUGAAACAGAGCAACGUCAUCGAAGCGGACAAGAAGAUUGCGACUCAGAUCACGGCGCUGCCGCUGAACGGAGGCAGUGCCUGGGAGCAAUUGCAUUUCGUGAUGAACCGUCUGCUCAACCCUUACUUCAAAUCAUUCAUCAGCCAGAGUGGAAGAGGAGAGCGAGACGGAGAUAAGCUGGCUCCGACUGUGCAGAAAUGCUUCACGGAGGCCGAAGCGGCGUUGCUUCAUUUGCAACAGAACAUCGACAUUCCAGAGAUCAACUUGGUCAUCAAUCAACAUAUUCUUGAUGCUAUUGAAAAGGCGUCGAAAGAGAAUCGCCGUGCCAGAGUGAGUAUUGACGCUCUUUGAAUCGAUUUUAAGUUUUUUUUUUUCAGAUUGAAGAUCUUGGUAAUUUGGUAGAAGAUGCCAACUUUCUGAAUUCUCUUCAAGCUGGCUGUAAUAGAUGGGUCAAGGAAAUUCGCAAAGUUACGCAGCUCGAAAGAGACGCUAGCAGUGGAACUUCCCUUCAAGAAAUGACAUUUUGGCUCAAUUUGGAGCGCUCUCUGCUCAAGAUUGCUCAGAAAAGAGACGGAGAAGAGGUCACGCUGACUCUCGAAGCACUGAAGUGCGGAAAGCGUUUCCACGCGACCGUCAGUUUCGACAGUGACACCGGAUUGAAACAGAAGCUCGCAAUUGUGCAAGACUACAACACUCUGAUGAAGGACUUCCCUCUCAGUGAGCUUGUUUCGGCCGUGGAUGUUCCGAAGUUGAUGCACGCCGUCACUGGUAUCUUCCUUCAUCUUCGCAAACUUCGAUCGACCAAGUAUCCGCUGCAACGUGCUCUUCGUCUUGUGGAGGCCAUCUCGAGAGAUCUCAACUCUCAACUGCUCAAGGUGCUCUCUGCGUACAGUUUGAUGCACACGCCAAUCGCCGAGUUCAACGACACCAUGACGCAGUGCCAGGCGCUGUUCAGCAAAUGGGACGACGAAUACGACAAGUUCAUUGCUCUUCUCCGUGAUAUCAACAAGAAGAAGAGAGACGAUCCGUCGAAACUCUCGUGGAAGGUGACGGCCGUUCACAAAAGACUGGAAGGGCGCCUCACGCAGAUUAUGCAGUUCAGAAAGUGAGCCACUUUUAGGAGAAUUAAUUUAAGUUGCCCUUUUUCAGACAACACGAGCAGUUCCGCACUGUCAUUGAACGCGUUCUGCGCCCAGUGGGCAACAUCUCUUCUCGUGUCAAGGAAGAGUUCAUGGUCGAAUCGAUGGAAGGAGAAAAGUCUCCAGAUGAGCAAGUCGACAUCGCCUACGAGUUUCUCAAGAAUGUCGAUUUUCUCGACGUGGACAACCCUGCAUGGGAAAACGCCUUCAAAAGAUAUGAAGAUCAGAUCGGAGUCGUCGAGACUGCCAUCACCACAAGACUGAAGGGCCAGCUGGAGUCGUCGAGAAACUCGAAUGAAAUGUUCUCUAUCUUCAGCCGUUACAACGCACUCUUCAUUCGUCCGCGCAUCCGUGGAGCCAUCUACGAAUACCAGACGCGACUGAUCAAUCGAGUGAAAGAUGACAUCAAUCAACUGCAGGAGAGAUUCACGAAGGCUCGAGGAGAACAAGGAGUUCGCAUCAUGCAGACUGCUGGACUUCCUCCGUUCUCUGCAAAGAUUAUGUGGAUUCGCAACUUUGAGAGGCAACUUCAGAGAUACAUGAAGCGAGUUGAAGACGUGCUUGGAAAGCAAUGGGAGAAUCAUGUGGAUGGAAGACAACUGAAGGCCGACGGAGACAAUUUCAAAGUGAAAUUGAACACGCAGCCGAUGUUUGACGAAUGGGUCGAGACUGUGCAGUCACAAAACUGGACACUGCCCAACAAAAUAUUGGCAGUCGAGAGAAUUCAAGUGGAGGGAAAAGUUCAGCUGCAGUUAAAGGUCAAUUAUCACCGCGACAGCUUCAUUCUCUACAAAGAAGUAUCGCACUUGAAAGCCAUGGGAUUCCGUGUGCCGCUCAAGAUUGUCAACUGGGCCCAUCAGGCCAAUCAGAUGCAUCCGUCGGCCACUGCUCUCAUCGAAGCAACCCGAACUUUCUCGUCUGUAAAUGCUGCUCUGGCUUCAGUUCAAGGAGUCGACUCGCUGCUGGCUAGCUACAAAAGAGACAUUCAAAAUCAGUUGCUCGAAGGUUUGCGGCGUUUCGUUUUCCGCCCUUCUAAUGUAAAUUUCAGGAGCCACACUAAGCUGGGAUUCGUACAAAAUCGAGCAAUACCAAUUGAGACUGGCCGAAACUGUCAACACCUAUCAAGAGCGAUGCGAGGAGCUGCUCAACGUCGUUCGAAUUGUGAACGCCGAUUUGAAUGUGCUCAAAUCGUGCCGCUACGAUAAAGAGACCAUUGAGAACCUGCUCAGCUCCAUACAAAAAGGAGUCGACCAACUUUCACUUGGAAACUACUCGAAUCUUGCACAAUGGGUGGCAGCCCUUGACAGUCAAAUCGAGACGAUUCUCGCUCGUCGUGUCGAAGAUGCAAUCCGUGUCUGGAAGGAAGUCUUCUCGCAAUCGGAGGCUGUAGAAGAGCUUCGUGAGAGGCAAGUUGUGCUGCCCCAAGUGAAGAACGUCGUUGUCGAGCUGUAUAUGACUGCUCAAACACUUUAUAUCAGCCCGAGCAUUCACGAAACUCGCGAGAAGAUUCUGGAGCAACUCUACGAGUGGCACAGUGUCUGUACUGCACAGAAAAGAAUUAGCGGAAGACGAUUCCAGGUGAGAACUUCAGAAAUUGUAUAGACGACUCAUAGCAACUUUCAGAUGGUUAUGAGCGAAGAUACUGAGCCAGAAACGUAUCAUAAUGUUCUUAACGUGAUGCCGGAAGGACAUGCUUGUCUUGAGAAGGCGUACGAAUGUGUCAACAAAAUCAUGUCGGAACUGGAAGAAUAUCUGAGCGAAUGGCUCAGUUAUCAGUCUCUCUGGGUUCUGCAAGCCGAACAACUCUUCGAAAUGCUCGGCACCUCGCUCUCUAAAUGGAUGAAGACGUUGAUGGAAAUCCGUAAAGGAAGAACAGUCUUCGAUACGCAGGACACGCGCAAAGCCAUUUUCCCAGUGACUGUCGAGUACGGAAAGGCUCAGCAGAAGAUUCUUUUCAAAUAUGACUACUGGCACAAGGAAAUGCUCGUCAAGUUCGGCGCCGUUGUUGGAGACGAAAUGCAGAAGUUCUUCAAUUCUGUAUCAAAGUGGAGAAACGUGCUUGAGACGCAAUCAGUCGACGGAGGAUCUACUUCCGAUACUAUUGGACUCAUCUCUUUUGUUCAAACGUUGAAGAAGCAAACGAAAGCCGGACAGGAUGCUGUGGAUCUCUACCGCUCCUCGCAACGUCUUCUCAACCAGCAACGCUAUCAAUUUCCCGCCCAAUGGCUCUUUUCGGAGAACGUGGAGGGAGAAUGGUCUGCGUUCGCCGAAAUUCUCAGUUUGAGAGAUGCUUCCAUCCAAACGCAGAUGAUGAAUCUGCAGACGAAGUUUGCUCAGGAAGACCAACUUGUCGAAAAGAGAACGGACGAGACGUUGACCGAAUGGAACAACCGAAAGCCGGUUGAAGGAGCUCAACGGCCACAAGAUGCUCUCAACGUCAUCACUGCGUUCGAAGCAAAAUUGAACAAACUGACGGAGGAGAGAAACAAGAUGCGAAAGGCUCGAGUCGCUCUGGAUAUGUCGGACAGUGCGCAUGCGCCGUCGGAGAACGACAAACUGACGGUGGCGACGGAGGAGUUGGCUGCCAUGAAGGAUGUGUGGAAGGCGUUGCAACCGGUCUACACGGGAAUCGACGAGGCGAAGGAGAAGACGUGGCUGUCUGUGCAACCGCGGAAGAUCCGUCAAUCGCUUGAUGAGCUCAUGAACCAGUUGAAACAGUUGCCGGCGAAGUGCAGAACUUACAAGAGUUACGAGCACGUGAAGCAGAUGCUGCAUACUUACGGAAAGAUGAACAUGCUGGUGGCCGAGUUGAAGUCGGAGGCGUUGAAGGAAAGGCAUUGGCACCAGAUGAUGAAGGAGAUGCGAGUCAACUGGAACCUGUCGGAUUUGACGCUCGGACAAGUGUGGGAUGCCGACAUUCUCCGUCACGAACAUACGAUAAAAAAGAUUCUUCUGGUGGCUCAAGGAGAAAUGGCUCUGGAGGAGUUCUUGAGAGAGAUGCGCGAGUACUGGCAGAACUAUGAAGUGGAAUUGGUGAAUUAUCAGAACAAGACGAGACUUAUCAAAGGCUGGGACGAUCUGUUCAACAAGCUCAAGGAACAUCAGAACUCGUUGUCUGCCAUGAAACUUUCUCCUUACUACAAGCAGUUCGAGGAGAGCGCACAGUCUUGGGAUGAGAAGCUGAACAAGAUCAAUGCCAUGUUCGAUGUUUGGAUCGAUGUGCAGCGUAGAUGGGUCUAUCUCGAAGGACUCUUCUCUGGAUCCGCCGAGAUCGCCACCCUCCUUCCAUUCGAAAGUUCUCGCUUCGCCACCAUCACCACUGACGUUCUCGCUUUGAUGAAGAAAGUCGCUGCUUCCCCACGUAUUCUCGACGUCGUUAAUAUGCAAGGAGCUCAGCGUCUGCUCGAACGACUCGCCGACAUGCUCGCGAAGAUUCAGAAGGCACUAGGAGAGUAUUUGGAGAGAGAGCGAUCAUCUUUCCCUCGUUUCUACUUCGUGGGUGACGAAGAUUUGUUGGAGAUUAUGGGUAACAGCAAGGACAUCACGAGAAUCCAGAAGCAUCUGAAGAAGAUGUUUGCCGGAAUCACUGCCAUCGACAUCAACGAAGACGACAGGAGCGUGAGUUGCUAUUAGUUAGAGCCAAAGUUAAUUUCCAAAAAGUCGUUUCAGAUCACAGCUUUUCACUCUCGCGAAGGAGAGAGGGUCGAACUGGUGAAGAUUGUGGCCACAAAAGACGUCCGAAUCAACGACUGGCUGCAAGCUCUAGAGGCUGAGAUGAAACACACGCUGGCUCGUCAGCUCGCCUCAUCGCUGUCUCACUUUUCGAAGAUGAACAUUCAAACAAUGACGACCGACGACUAUGUCGAAUGGCUCGACAAGUAUCCGACGCAAGUGAUCACCCUUACUGCCGAGAUCUGGUGGUGUGACGAAAUGGAGAAGACAUUGGCCGACGGAAAAGGAGCUGAAGUCGUCGAGCAAGCUGUAACUAAGACUCUGGAGCUGCUGGCUGACAGUGUGCUCAAGGAGCAGCCACCCAUUCGCAGAAAGAAGAUGGAGGCGCUGGUGAGUAAACGGCGGGAAUAUUAGAUCGCAAUAAAGUCAUUUACAGAUCACCGAGCUCGUGCACAAGAGAGACACAUGUCGUAAGUUGUCUCAGAAGAAGAUUCGUGCUGCCAACGACUUUGGGUGGCUGCAGUGCAUGAGAUUCUACUUCGAUCCGAAGCAAGUCGACCCCGUUCGUUGCUGCGUUGUAAAAAUGGCCAACGCCCAAUUCUACUACGGAUUCGAAUAUUUGGGAAUUCAAGAGAGACUCGUGCGAACUCCGCUCACCGAUCGAUGCUACCUGACAAUGACCCAAGCUCUGCACUCUCGCCUCGGAGGAUCGCCGUUUGGACCGGCUGGAACCGGAAAGACCGAAUCCGUGAAGGCCCUCGGACAUCAACUUGGUCGCUUCGUUCUCGUAUUCAAUUGUGACGAGACAUUCGAUUUCCAAGCUAUGGGACGUAUUCUCGUUGGUCUGUGCCAAGUAGGAGCAUGGGGAUGCUUCGACGAGUUCAAUCGUCUCGAGGAACGAAUGCUCUCAGCCGUCUCUCAACAGAUUCAAACUAUUCAAGAGGCUGUUCGUGCUGGCGGAGAUAUGAGUGUUGAUCUUGUCGGAAAGCGUCUGAAUGUGAACGGAAACAUUGGAAUCUUCAUCACUAUGAAUCCUGGAUACUCUGGACGGUCCAACCUUCCGGACAACUUGAAGCAGCUCUUCCGAAGCUUGGCUAUGACUCAGCCGGACCGACAGCUUAUUGCUCAAGUCAUGUUGUUCUCGCAAGGAUUCCGAACUGCAGAGACUCUCGCCAACAAGAUUGUUCCGCUGUUCAUUCUGUGCAAAGAACAACUUUCCGCUCAAUGCCACUACGAUUUCGGACUUCGUGCUCUCAAAUACGUGCUCGUUUCUGCCGGUAACAUCAAACGAGACAAACUGGACCGCAUGGGAGCAGCAGCUCUGGAAGAUAUUGCCGAGCAGCAGAUGCUCAUUCAAUCCGUUUGCGAAACUCUCGUUCCGAAGCUCGUCAACGAGGAUAUCGCUCUGCUUUUCUCACUGCUUUCGGACGUCUUCCCAGGAAUUCACUACACUGCCAACCAGAUGAGAGAGUAAGUCAAGCUUGCCGUUAUUCGAGAAUGAUUAUCCGUGUUUUCAGGUUGCGUCAGCAGCUCUCGACUGUCUGUGACGAGCAUCUUCUCAUCUACUCCGAUGUGCAGGGAGAAAUGGGAUCCAUGUGGCUCGACAAAGUGCUCCAACUGUACCAGAUCACGAAUCUCAACCACGGCCUUAUGCUGGUCGGAUCUAGCGGAGCUGGAAAAACAAUGGCCUGGAAAGUGCUCCUGAAAGCAUUGGAAAGAUGGGAGAACGUGGAAGGGGUUGCGCAUGUGAUCGAUGCGAAGGCAAUGAGCAAAGACUCUCUGUACGGAGUGAUGGACCCGAAUACCCGUGAAUGGACCGACGGACUCUUCACUUCAAUCAUCAGAAAAAUCAUUGACAACGUGAGAGGAGAAGCAGAUCGCCGCCAAUGGAUAAUCUUCGACGGAGAUGUCGAUCCGGAAUGGGUUGAGAACUUGAACUCUGUUCUCGACGAUAACAAGCUUUUGACUCUUCCAAACGGAGAGCGUCUUUCCAUUCCACCGAACGUUAGGAUCAUCUUUGAAGUCGCCGAUCUAAAAUACGCUACUCUGGCUACCGUUUCCCGUUGUGGAAUGGUCUGGUUCAGUGAAGAAGUCGUAACUUCGGAAAUGCUCUUUGAACGAUACCUCUCAAUGCUCCGUCGUGUUCCACUCGAUGCUGACUCUGCCGUCAGUUUCUCAUCUUCCAAUGCGCCAGUCAAUUUGGUCGGAGAAGAUGCGAAGCCAUCUCGUGCCAUUGAAAUUCAACGGACUGCCGCUCUCGCUCUCCAGAACCAUUUCUCACCUGACGGAAUUGUUCCGGGAAGUCUCAAAUACGCCGUUGCUGAGCUGGAACACAUCAUGCCACCAACUGCUCAACGCCUCCUUUCUUCGUUCUUCGCAAUGAUGUCGUACUCGAUCCGGAAAAUGGUCUCUCAUGACGAAGGACUCAUCGACGACUCGAUGGAACUCGAUCAGAUUCAAAACUUCGUGCUCCGCUCGAUGCUCACCAACUUGGUCUGGGCGUUCAGUGGAGACGGAAAAUGGAAGUCGAGAGAGAUGAUGAGCGACUACAUCAGACAGGCCACAACCAUAGCUCUUCCUCCCAACCAGCAGGCUUGUCUCAUCGAUUACGAGGUUCAGCUCACCGGAGAAUGGCAACCAUGGCUCGCUAAAGUUCCGACGAUGGAGAUCGAAUCGCAUCGUGUCGCUGCUGCUGAUCUCGUCGUUCCGACCAUCGACACGGUUCGUCACGAGAUGCUCCUCGCUGCUUGGCUCGCUGAGCACAAGCCACUUGUUCUGUGCGGUCCUCCUGGGUCCGGAAAAACAAUGACUCUGCUCGCUGCUCUUCGUUCUCAACAAGAAAUGGACGUCGUCAACGUCAACUUCUCGUCUUCUACAACGCCAGAACUGCUUCUUCGCACCUUCGAUCACUAUUGCGAAUAUAGGUUUGUGAAUGCCAAUAUUUGGCUUAUCCGUUAUUAAAUCGAUUAUUUCAGACGUACACCUAAUGGAGUUGUGCUUUCUCCAGUUCAAAUCUCGCAAUGGCUGGUAAUCUUCUGCGAUGAGAUCAAUUUGCCGGCUCCUGACAAAUACGGAACUCAAAGAGUGAUCAGUUUCCUCCGUCAGCUCGUGGAACUCAAUGGAUUCUACCGUACUUCUGAUCACAGUUGGGUCACACUCGAACGCAUUCAGUUUGUCGGUGCCUGUAACCCACCAACUGAUCCGGGACGUCACCCAAUGACUUCUCGCUUCCUUCGCCACGUUCCAAUUGUCUACGUUGACUAUCCAGGACAGACGUCUCUCCAACAGAUCUACGGAACGUUCAACCGUGCAAUGCUCAAGAUGACUCCGGCUGUGCGCGGAUUGGCGGAUCAACUGACGAAUGCUAUGGUGGAUGUCUAUCUGAAGAGUCAGGAACACUUCACUCAAGACGACCAACCCCAUUACGUUUAUUCUCCGAGAGAACUGACUCGAUGGGUCAGAGGAAUUUCCGAAGCAAUCACCCCGUUGGAAUCUCUGUCUGCUGAGCAGCUCGUUCGUCUCUGGGCUCACGAAGCAAUCCGCCUGUUCCAGGACAGAUUGGUCACCGAAGAGGAGCGAGAGUGGACUGACAAACUCGUGGAUGACGUUGCGGAUACUUACUUCGGAAACACCUGCCGAUUGGAAGAUGCUCUCAAACGACCGCUUCUCUACUCCUGCUGGAUGUCGCGCAACUACGUUCCGGUCACUCGCGAUGAGCUGCAGGACUACGUAUCGGCGAGAUUGAAGGGAUUCUACGAGGAAGAACUCGAUGUGAAGCUGGUUUUGUUCGACCAGAUGCUCGACCACGUACUGCGAAUCGAUCGAAUCUACCGACAGUCGCAAGGACAUUUGCUCCUCAUUGGUACUGCCGGAGCUGGAAAGACCACUCUUUCAAGAUUCGUCGCUUGGCUAAACGGACUCAGUGUGUUCCAACUGAAGGUGCACUCGAAAUACACUGCCGCUGACUUUGACGAAGACAUGCGAACAGUUCUUCGAAGAGCCGGAUGCCGAAACGAGAAAUUGUGCUUCAUCAUGGACGAAUCAAACAUGCUGGAUACUGGCUUCCUCGAGAGACUCAACACUCUUCUUGCCAACGGAGAAGUUCCAGGACUGUUCGAAGGAGAUGAGCAUUCUACUCUGAUGACUCAGAUCAAGGAGGGAGCUCAGAGACAAGGACUGAUCCUCGAUAGCCACGACGAACUGUACAAGUGGUUCACUCAACAGGUUAUGCGCAAUCUUCACGUCGUCUUCACGAUGAACCCAUCAGGAAGCGGACUUCGGGAACGUGCUUCAACUUCGCCCGCUCUGUUUAACAGAUGCGUGCUCAAUUGGUUCGGAGACUGGAGCGAAAACGCGUUGUACCAGGUCGGAUCGGAACUCACCAAGACAAUGGACAUCGACAGAACUGACUACGAAGGAUCCGUGCGGCUCACUCCGUCCUGCGAACUCGUUCCUCCAGAACCAACAUAUAGAGAUGCUGUCGUCAAUACUCUUUGCCUUGUUCACAAGACUGUGCAGAAGUUCAACGAAGUUGAGACGAAGAAGGGACAUCGCGUGAUGGCCUGCACUCCGAGACACUUCCUCGACUUCAUCAAGCAGUUUAUGUCACUGUUUCACGAAAAGCGAUCAGAUUUGGAAGAGGAGAAGAUUCAUUUGAACAUCGGAUUGAACAAGAUCAGCGAGACGGAGGAGCAAGUGAAGGAAUUGCAAAAGAGUCUUCAUCUUAAGAGCAGAGAACUCGAAGAGAAAAAGGAGGCUGCAAACCUGAAAUUGAAGGAGAUGUUGGCGGAUCAGCAGAAGGCCGAGGAAGAGAAGAAAUUCUCCGAGCAACUGCAAAAGGAGCUCGCCGAGCAACUGAAGCAGAUGGCGGAGAAGAAAACCGUUGUCGAGAGCGAUUUGGCUCAAGUCGAACCAGCCGUCGCGGAUGCUCAGACUGCUGUGCAAGGAAUCAAGAAGAGUCAGCUGGUCGAAGUGAAAUCCAUGUCGAGCCCUCCUGUCGUUGUGAAGCUCACGUUGGAAGCGAUUUGCAUUCUACUUGGAGAGAACGUCGGAACCGAUUGGAAGGCGAUCCGUCAAGUGAUGAUGAAGGAAGAUUUCAUGACAAGAAUCCUGCAGUUCGACACGGAAUCUCUGACUGCUGACAUUUUGAAGCAGAUGGAGAAAUACAUUCUGAAUCCGGAUUGGGAGUUCGACAAGGUCAACCGAGCGUCGGUGGCUUGCGGUCCUAUGGUCAAAUGGGCAAGAGCUCAACUGCUCUACUCUACGAUGUUGCACAAGGUGGAACCACUGAGAAACGAACUGAAGAGACUCGAGAAGGAAGCUGCAAAGAAGACGGAGGAAGGCAAAGUGGUCGAUGUGAGGAUCACCGAGUUGGAGGAGUCCAUUGGAAAGUACAAGGAGGAAUACGCGCAGCUCAUCGGACAAGCCGAAAACAUCAAGCAGGACUUGCUGUCUGUGCAAGAGAAAGUCAACCGAUCAACCGAACUUCUCUCGUCACUCCGCUCGGAACGCGAUCGUUGGUCGAGUGGAAGUGCCGGAUUCUCGCAGCAAAUGGACUCUCUCGUCGGAGAUGCCCUUCUGUCAUCCGCCUUCCUCGCCUACGCUGGAUACUACGACCAAAUGCUUCGUGACGAGAUCUUCCACAAAUGGUUUAAUCACGUCGUCAAUGCUGGUCUUCAUUUCCGCCACGAUCUCGCUCGCAUCGAGUAUCUGUCCACUGUUGAUGACCGUUUGCAAUGGCAGCUCAACUCCCUUCCUGUUGACGAUCUGUGCACUGAGAAUGCAAUAAUGCUGCAUCGCUUCAACCGCUACCCGCUCAUCAUCGAUCCUUCUGGACAGGCAGUCGAGUACAUCAUGAAACAGUUUGCUGGAAAGAACAUUCAAAAGACGUCCUUCCUGGACGAAUCGUUCCGCAAGAACCUCGAGUCUGCUCUUCGCUUCGGAAAUUCUCUACUCGUUCAAGACGUUGAAGCCUACGAUCCGAUUCUCAACCCAGUGCUCAAUCGGGAAGUGAAGAGAGCCGGAGGACGUGUGCUUAUCACUAUCGGAGACCAGGACAUUGAUCUGUCGCCGUCCUUCCAGAUCUUCAUGAUCACUCGUGACUCUACUGUCGAAUUCUCCCCCGACAUCUGCUCUCGUGUCACCUUCGUCAACUUCACCGUGACCUCGUCUUCGUUGGCCAGCCAGUGUCUCAACCAAGUUCUUCGCAGCGAGAGACCGGAUGUGGACAAGAAGAGAAACGACCUUCUCAAGCUUCAAGGAGAGUUCGCUGUUCGACUUCGUCACCUUGAGAAAGCCUUGUUGGCAGCUUUGAACGAGAGCAAGGGCAAGAUUCUGGACGACAAUUCAGUGAUAGAAACACUCGAGAAACUGAAGAAUGAGGCAGCUGAAGUGGCUCAAAAGUCAGCGGAGACGGAUAAGGUUAUGGCAGAGGUGGAUGCAGUGUCGGCUCAAUAUCAAAAACUGGCAAGCGCCUGCUCCCACAUCUAUCACACGCUGCAGCAGCUCAAUGAGAUUCACUUUCUUUACCACUACUCUCUUGAUUUCCUUGUUGAAAUCUUCACUCAUGUGCUCAAGACUCCAGAACUCUCGUCGACUACAGACUACAUGAAGAGGCUCAGAAUUAUCACCACUAGUCUUUUUCAGGUAAAAAUUUUAUCCCAGGACACAAUAUCAACUUCUUUCAGACUGUUUUCCGUCGUGUUUCUCGUGGAAUGUUGCACACUGAUAAGGUUCUUCUUGCUCUCCUUCUCAUGAGAAUUCACAUUCGUUCCAUUCCAAAUGCACCAGGAUACGAAAAGCACUUCAAUUUGCUGCUCGGUAGAACGGAUCUUGUUACAAAGAACGGUAAUCUUUCGAAAACCAAACCUUCGCUUCACACUGUUUUUUUCAGAUGAUGAUGACAUCCCGCCGGGACUUGAUUUCCUCAGCGUGGAAAACAAGAGAGCGAUUGCAAAGACACGGAAAAUCGACGGAUUCGAGAAUGUAUUCGCUAAGCUGCAAGCCAAUUCUGCUGCCGUCACGGCAUGGUUCGUUAACGACAAUCCGGAGUCGAAUGUUCCGGCGAUCUGGGAGGAUUCGGAAGGAAAACUGGCCCCGUUGUGCAUUGCGAUGAACUCGUUGAUUGUGGUGCACGCCCUUCGUCCGGACAGACUGAUGGCUUCUGCUCAUCGCGUCGUUUCCACGGCAUUCGACGAUCACUUCAUGCAACAAGACAAAGUGGUCGACAUUCUUUCCAUCGUUGACAACGAAGUCGCUCCUUCUGAGCCUGUCCUUCUCUGUUCUGCCACUGGAUAUGAUGCAUCCGGAAAGAUAGAAGAUCUUGCGGUGGAGACGAAUCGUCAGUUGACUUCCAUUGCCAUCGGAUCGGCCGAAGGAUUCAGUCAAGCGGACUCUGCUCUCGGAGCUGCCACCAAAUCGGGCCGUUGGGUGCUUCUCAAGAAUGUGCACUUGGCGCCGAGCUGGUUGGCUCAACUGGAAAAGAGAUUGCAUUCAAUGAAACCACAUGCGCAGUUUCGCCUCUUCCUCACCGCCGAAAUCCAUCCAAAGUUGCCGUCGUCGAUUCUGCGAGCAUCGCGUGUGGUUGUGUUCGAACCUGCUACUGGAUUGAAAGCCAAUCUUUUGCGAUCGCUUUCUAGCAUUCCUCCACAAAGACUGACGAAGGCACCAACAGAGAGAAGCAGAUUGUACCUGCUUGUCUGCUGGCUGCACGCACUUGUUCAAGAAAGACUCAGGUGAGAUACUAGAAAGACUCGGGCAUGAUACUACUUUUUCGUUUUCAGGUACACACCACUGGGAUGGUCGACUGCUUACGAAUUUUCGGAUGCCGAUCUUCGUGUAGCCUGUGACACUCUCGACGCUGCCGUUGACGCCGUCGCUCAAGGAAGACCGAACGUGGAACCCGAACGUCUUCCGUGGACUACUCUGCGUACUCUUCUCAGUCAAUGCAUUUACGGAGGAAAGAUAGACAAUCAAUUUGACCAAGUUCUUCUCGACUGCGUCCUGGAAAACCUGUUUACUGCAAAGAGUUUCGAACAAGAUCACGUGCUGAUUCCUAAAUACGACGGAGACAACGCUCUGUACACUCCGAAUAUGUCAAAGAAGGAUCAAAUGGUCGGAUGGGUCGAAGAACUGAAAAACGAACAGUUGCCAGCGUGGCUCGGAUUGCCGAACAAUGCGGAAAAAGUGUUGUUGACUAAGCGAGGAGAGGCGAUGCUCCGUAACAUGUUGAAGGUGACUGAUGAGGAAUUGGCGUUCAACGAGGACGGAAAGGAAGAGGCUAAGCCGCAGUGGAUGGCACAACUAGGGGAACUGGCCAAACAAUGGCUGCAACUGCUGCCCAAAGAGAUCGUCAAAAUGCGCAGAACCGUCGAGAACAUCAAGGAUCCGUUGUUCAGAUUCUUCGAGAGAGAAGUCAAUCUCGGAGCGCAGCUUUUGAAGGACAUUCGCCGUGACUUGAAUGAGAUUACUUCGGUCUGUCGAGCCGAAAAGAAACAGAACAACGAGACGCGUGCUUUGGCUGCCAGUCUUCAGAAGGGAGAAGUUCCGAAUGGAUGGAAACGGUACACGGUUCCUAGAGAGGUGACCGUCAUGGACUGGAUGAUUGAUCUCAAUGAAAGACUCAAACAGCUCAUUCGCAUCGGAGGAGCUGAUAAUUUGAAGGUAUUUUCAAUUAAUUGUAUGUAAAAUCGAUUGUAAUCUUUUCAGCGUGAGACGUUCUGGCUCGGAGGAACAUUCUCUCCAGAAGCCUACGUUACUGCUACUCGUCAACAAGUUGCCCAGGCCAACACGUGGUCCCUGGAGCAGCUCAAUCUUCACAUUCACAUCGGACGCACCGACAACACGGACGUCUUCCGCAUUUCUGGAGUCGACAUUCGUGGAGGCAAGCCUGUCAGUGGAAAUAAACUCGAACUGUGCGAACUUGUCAAGAACGAAUGUGAUAUUGUGGAAUUCAGCUGGAAACAAGUAUGCACUAAAUUAACGAGUUUCAAUCAUAAUCAUUCAUUUCAGGAAGCCGCCGACGGUACUCGACUCCCUCUGUACUUGUACGGAGAUCGCCGUCAGCUUAUCUCUCCACUGGCCUUCCAACUCUCGUCUGCGACCGUUUUCUAUCAGAGAGGAGUGGCUCUUGUCGCUAAUUCGUCCCUUUAA